GGUCCGACCGCCGGCGGCGCCGACGCCGCAUCUAGUACCCACUCGGCUCUCGGACGACGCGCGCGCAUGUGAUACCAGCACCAGAUACCGAUACCGAUACCAAUACCGUAUAAAAGGGCGCGCGCCCUUGGUACCACACAGUUCACUUCAAACCAGCCAGCCCGACAUCAAACUCCAAAAUGCACUUCCGUGACGAUGAAGUUGAUGAUGGCGAGGGGGUUGUUCUGGCUAAAGGGGUGUCUAUGGUUGUACUUUUCUGUGCCUCCAUGGUCUGCGGAAUCGCUCCUCUGCUGCUGGCGAAGAAGUUCCACUGGGUGUCGGCUGGAGAGGCGAGCAACCUGAAGUCUACGAAUAGAAUAGUGAUGACAUUGCUGUCUUUUGGGGGUGGUGUGCUCCUGUCGACCACCUUCAUGCAUCUGAUUCCUGAAGUGGAUCAUAAUGUGGAGUAUUUGGAAGCGACCAACCAGAUCGCCAGUUUUGAGUUCUCCCUGGCCCACCUGCUGAUGUGCUGCGGCUUCUUCAUCAUGUACCUGGUUGAGGAGCUGGUUCACCUGUACAUACAUCGACGGGAGCGACGGAAUGCUAAGGCCAUGCCGCUCGUCCGGAACUUGAGUGUGCGCAAGAGCCGAUCCAGCCCGGACACGGGGGAGAGUGUCACCAACUCUACUGCGGACCUCAUCGAGCCUGAGAAAGCGAAGAACGACGUGGAAGUGAACCACCACGGCCACUCCCAUCACGCCCACACCCACAGCCAUAUGCCCGUGAACACUGGCGGCGAUGACGUCACCGCAGCACUGCGAGGGCUUCUCAUUGUGCUCGCCCUUUCUAUCCACGAACUCUUCGAAGGUCUAGCUGUUGGAUUAGAAUCAAGCGCUUCGAACGUGUGGUACAUGUUAGGAGCAAUCUCAGCCCACAAACUGGUCAUCGCCUUCUGUAUCGGCGUAGAGCUAAUCGCAACCCGCACCAAGACUUGGCUGGCCGUUAUCUACAUCACGACCUUCGCCAUCGUGUCGCCAAUGGGUAUCGGCAUCGGCCUAUUGUUGGUCGGCGGGCAGGGAGCCACUGCCGCUGGCGUUUACUCCGUGGUCCUGCAAGGCCUGGCUUCGGGAACGCUGCUUUACGUCAUAUUCUUUGAGAUUUGGAAGGGCGACAGAUCGGGCGUGUUGCAAUAUAUCUCUGCCCUUGUUGGAUUCGCGCUGAUGUUUGGAUUACAGUUACUUACACCUCACACUCACUCCCAUGGCGGCGACGGUCAUACUCACGACAGAAAGUGAAGAUGACGGGAUUUAACUGCUACCAGGAAUUGCCACGUUGAAUUUUAAUGAGAAAACUAUCCCUAGUGGAUAAAGUUAUCUAGAUGUCGUAAUGUUGUAUAACUCAUCAAUUCAUCUAAUAUAUACUUACCUAUUAUAAUUUAUUUCAAAUGUUACCCAUGUCGCUGGGGUGCCGUGAGUUGAAUGUAUUUUAUGACAAUAUAGUUUGCUGUAGCAACGGUACGUUCAAGUUCUAAGAUAUCGAUGCGACAAAUUGUGCAUAUAUUAUAUUUGUGAUCGACCUUAGUGCCAUAAUAUUAAGGUCGUACGCCUACAUAGUUUUGCGAAAUAGGUUGCACCGAUAUCUUAGUUAAACCUUGUCAUUUGAUGGAUGUAAAUAUGUAACCGUCUUUUAAAAUAGACAUUAAAUGCCUGCUAUAGAACCUAUAUACUCGUUGUAAAUAAAGGUUAACAAAGGAAAACAUAAAUAUUGUUAUGUGAUAAAAAAAUGUUUUAAACUGUAGCGCUGUUUUGUUCCGUGGUACGUCUUAAUUAGACAUGUAAUGAGUUUGUAAUUAUUCAAUAAUUAAUGUUAUUAUUUAUAGUUAUGAUGUUAAUACCGCUACGAGGAAAAUUGGCUCAAUAUUUGAACAGUUUUUGAUGCAGAGACGAUGAACAUAAAUCUAGUCAUCGAUUUAUUUUAUAUUUAAGUCCUGUAUAUUAUAUUUUAUAUGUGUUAUAUAAUCUAUAUAUGAUCAGAUAUAUUGAUCCACCUAAUGCCCAGUUAUUGUGUCGAACGAUAGACGAGAUAGAAUUCUUGGAAUUAAUUAAUGCGUAGUAGACAGAUUUCAUUUGAGCUAAACCGGGUCGGUGUUAGAUAUUUAUUUUAAAUAAGCUGACAACACUAUUUAUGCAAUUUUAUUUGUAACCAAUUUUGAACAAGAGUAAGUAGUUACAAUGUGACAUACUCGAAAUAUUCAUGCUAUUGUACAAAUAUUAUUUUGAAAAAAAUAUGAUUUUGAUUAGUAACAAACGCGUGAGUGGUAAGAAACAGAGUGAUAUCGUAUGUAUGUAAUUGAAAUUUACUAAUUUAACUUUAUUGUUACCUACUGUAAAAUUAAAACAAAUAAGGUUUUUGCCUUGUUAGUUGGUAUCCGAAUGUAACUUAGGAGCUUUUAGUUCCUCCACCACGCUCUUUGCCAAUAGUAAUCAUAUUUUAAGUAUUAACUAGACCUUCAUUAUUUUCUUUAUCUGAAAAGCAUUAUCAGACUGUGAUAUUUAAUUAUUUGGGUAGCUCAAGAUGAACUUAAAUGACGAUUUUAAAGAUGUUUUUGCAAUUCGACGUAAAUAUCGGUACAAAAUAAAAUGGACACAGUGAAUAAUACAAAAGCACCAUAGAUUUUGUGACGUUGUAUUUAAAGUAAUUAAACUAUCGUUAAUAUAAGAGAAUCUAGGCAAGAUCACAAUAUCAAUACAAGAUCACAAUGCAAUAUCGCAAAAGUGGAUUUACCUACACAUUUUUAAGAGGCCAAUAUAAUAUGAAAUAUUUUUAUACACAAAUACUAUAUUCACACAUUAAGCCCGAACAAUACUAAAUAAAUAUUUUUUUACGAUUUCAAA